UGGCUGCGCGGCCGUUGCCGGGCCGGGGACAAGCUCCGGCUGCCUGGAGACGCGUGGCUCCAGCCUCGGGCCCUGCGUCGGGCGCGGGCAGCAGCGUCGUGGGCUCCCCAAGCACUUUCUCGCCGGCGUUUUCCUUGCGUCCUCUGCAGGCCUCUGGGGAGCCGCCGGGGCCUGCCCAUGGCCAUGGCAAAGGAGAAGCAGAAGGCGGUCGCCUUCACCUCCGCUGCCCGGCGGCAGGAGCAGGAGCUGGAGGAGGAGGAGGAAGAAGCCGUGGAAGCGGAGCUGGAAGGCAGCUGCUCCGAAAGCAGCUUGGGAGCCGCCUUGGGUGCUGGGCGCCUCAGCCCCGCAGACCCGGGCGGCCCAGAGGAGCUCCAUGGCCCACACGUGGCCACCUGCACCUUCACCAUCUCCCUGGCGGUGCCAGUGGCCACAAGUCAGAGACAUAAACCAUCCAUUUCAUUUGAAAUGCAAAGAAGGAGGUCUGAUAUUGGCAAAGAUGCAAGCAUUCCAAAAAUACGGCGUUACUAUCACAUGGAGUACUUUCUCCUACCAGAUGACAUUGAACCUAGAAAACUUGAUUUGGUGCUGUUUGGUACGGUGGCCAAGUUUUUUUUAGAAUCUGAAUCCAAGGUUGUGAAGCCAUGGUUUGAAAAUGACCAGAUAUGGGUCUCUUGGAAUCACAGAAUUGAUAUUAAUGUUACCAAUAAAUUUUUAACAAAACUGAGAGAACACAAAAUAACGUUAAAGCUAUGGGAUACCAGGGACAAAGUUUGUGCAAAAGCUAAGUUUAGUAAACCAAGGCUUUCAUAUUUACAAGCAGAGGAUGUAGAUGCAAUUGGUGGGGUGAAAUUUACAGUGCUAUGUCAAAGAAAACUCUUUGAAGACAAUCAGUCAGCACCCAGCUGCACUAAAACUAAAAGUGUGAAGAAAUCCAGUGUGCUGGAUGAAGUUGCAACCAGUCCUGUGGCAGGUCUUUUAACAGAUGAAGUUGAACUAUAUGAGAGAGAGUCUGGUUUGCAGAAUUUACCUUAUCGAUCAAGAACAAGUGUCUCACCUUCAGUAAGUCACUUUAGUGUUCCAGGGAGCAUAUCUUUUGCAAGAGACAAAGCCCUGUGUGAGGGCCAUCUUUUGAAGCAGAAAUCCAUUGCUGGUUAUCUGAAUUUCUUUGGCUCAAAAACAGAAAAAAAAAAAUUGAGCUUUGCUAAGCCAGAUCGAGUAGACCCACUGGAUGUGAGAAUCAGUAGAAGUUCUACUCCUAGAAGACCUUAUGGUUCUAACAAAGAGAAAAAUCAGAGCCAUCCUAAAAUGUCCAAUGCUGAGACCCUGGUGGCAGCACUGGCGAAGAAGAAUGGUAUUGCAUCUUUGCAGCUGGAUCUCAUGCCUCUCCUCUCAGGAGAAAAGUCAGUGACCAGUCACCUGAAAGAAAAAUCCCCUAAAGUUUUAGAUGCUUAUUUGACUUUCACAGUGGAAACGCCUCUCAUGUCAGAGAGACAGAGAUGUGAACUGAAUCCACUGAUUAUAAGAAUUCUUUCUGCUACAUACCUCCCAACAACUCCUGUGCCAAUUGAACGGCUGCAGGAGUCAUGUGUUCCUACAUACUGCAGAUACAGAUUUCAUGACCUUCCUCCUCAUCAAACUCAGGGACAGAUGCACGGAACCCAUGUCUAUUUUAAAGAUGUUAAUGUGGUUCUGACAGGGACAAUCAAACCUGCAAAACUGUAUGAGUAUCUUAGAGGGCCUCCUAUGGAGAUUGAAGUUCAUGACCGGGACCAAAAAACUGUGGAAGAUCCUAAAAAACCCUCCUUGUUUGGAGAAGAGCAAGAUGAUGCAAGGCUGAGUAAUAUAGGAUUCCUCACUUACAAACACUCAGUCCAGAAUCCAUUUACAGACAAGAACAAGUCGUGGGAUUCCUACGGAGUAGCUAAAGUCAGUUUAAAUGGCCUACUGUUAGGUGAAAAGUAUUUGAAUAUCAGUGUGCCUAUUCAUAGCUGCUCAGUUCCAGAUCCCACUAUUUAUCAGAAGGAUAACAAGAAUGAGAAAAUGGCAAGAGUAUCACAACCAGUGAAUGGCCUUCAGGCUUCUCCAUUGCCGGUGGGACAUUACUUGGAAUCUGACUCACUCCUGAAAGUAAGAGUUGAAAUAGCUGUGCCGCUAGGUCCUCAGGCAGGAACUGUGGAUUCUAAAGUUGCAGACUGCCCAUAUGGUUGUAUAAUCUACAUUUUUGACUACAAAAAUGCAUCUUUCUUACAAGAUUUGCUGCAAGAGAUUACAGGAAUCAAUGCUAAAGCUCUCCAGCUGGACUGUUUUCCACUACAAAUAGCUCAAAAAGCUCUUGCUACAUUCAGACUAAAAACUAAACUGAAGGAAAUUUCUGAGCUGGAUAUCAUAACUGGUUUUCAUAUCUUGGAUGGAAAAAUUCACCUUUUAGUCUUGGAAGGGUUAAAGGACAAAGCAAUCAAGAGGCUCUGGGAUCAGCAGUUAAACAGGCCUCACAACACUGAAGAUGGAAGAUUGGAAGUAUUAUAUAACUCACAGCUGUCUUUCCAUCAGCGCCUGUAUACAGACCUGGAAGCCAUUCUGUAUCAUAUCCACCUCUGCAAACCCCUCUCUUCUAUAACAAAGCAGCCUCUUCUUUAUAUCAGAGAGAUGGUUCCUCAGGCAUGUUUCCAAGCCUUGUCCAGGCUUGAUUACAUCUGUCACUGUAAGAAGUUAAGGGAUGUCAUUCAUGGAAAUCUGUUGCCCUCUGCAGAAAUGAUUACAGUCUUGAGCCAAGAAUUUGGAAUUCCCCUGACUAAUGAGGAUUUGUUUGUUCAAAAACCUUCGCUGCUUUCACUCCCCUCAUUUGGUUUUUCAAAACAAACUGAGAUUGUCAGAAAAAAACGAGCAAUACAUUCUUUAUUGGAUAACUACAACAAAAAAUAUAUGCUGUGGAAAAAAGAAAUGGAAGAUAAAAUGAAAUAUGAUAAGGAUCACAUCCAGACCAACAUUGAUGCCGUAUAUUUACUCAAUAAAAAGGUGAAAAGGCCAAUCUUAAAAACUGCUAGAAGCUUUCCUGAUGAUGGUAAGUCUGUCUACAACUACAGUUCUCAGAGACUGAAUUCUGCAGAAUUUGCAAAGAAGCUACUUCGUCAGGAGAUGGCAAAGAAACCAGAGAGAAGGUUUGCUUACUGUCAUGAAUACCUGUCAGCUAUGUUUGAUCCUGUAGAUUUGGACACUGUCUGGAAAGAGUCUGUUGAAGAAUCCAAGAAUCGCUCAUUGUCACCAAACGGAUUUAUAAUUCCUGGAUUUAAGAGCACUAUUGAAUCUAACCUGCAUUCUCAGUCACUUGAUGAGGUACAUCUGAAGGAAGAGAACAAGCUGUUUGCUAACUUUUUGGAACCAGUGGUGAAUCGAGACACAUGGAGUUGGGACAAACGACACCUAGAUUUUGACCUAUACAAAAAACCACCUGAUUACUUCACAGUAUCAGCCCCAGCAGGCAGUCAGACAGAUUCAGUGACACCGGCAUUUGAUGACACCAAGCUGAAAGUUUAUAGGUGCUCCACAGCAGCUGAGCUAACUGCACAUGGACCAAAAGCUAGCUCUCAACUGAACAAACUCCAGGGACUUCUGAAAGAUGUGCCAGCAAAAUACUCACUUAAGAGACCAGGAUUGAUUUUGGAGCCUAUCCCUGCCCUGUCAGUGUUGCAGAAUGCACCACGUGAUAUCAGUUCUGCAAGCCCAGUGAACAGAACAAGGAGUGCUAUCAGUGGAUUUGUGCCAGGGAUUGAAGAGCGGCAUAGUUUGAAGUGGAAUGGAAAUAUGAUCCCCUGCUACAACAUGGAACAUAAGAAGUUUGAAAAGCUCAAAGGAGCAGACUUCAAGUUGCACUGUUAUGCACAUUCGUUUCUUUACAAAAGACUAGUGAAGGAAGGAAGGGAUAGAACUAACCUUGUGCUACAUCAAGACACCUCAACGGACGAGGCCACAGCUCCAGUGACUACACAGGAUUCAGCAACUGCUUCCUAUAAAUUGAAUGACCUAUGCCUGAAGACUAACUAGAAGAUCGUCCUCAGUUACAAGUCCAGAAGUGAUUUCCAAAAACGUGUCAAGUUUCAAGGUCAUUAAAGAGAGAAAUGUUAUUUAUUCUAGGUCUACUGCUCAAUUAAGUCACUAUUUGUUUUCCAUUCAACACAAUUUUUUUCCAGAAAUGAUUAAAUCAAUUAGACACCCUGAUGUGCCUGCCAAGGCUGUAUUUUCUAAUGACAGUUUGAGUAAGGUUGUACAUUUAAGCUGCCAAUUAAGCAUGGCACUAGCCAAACAAUUAUGAACACACACUUAGGCAAUUGCUUUAAUAAUUGAUUAAAAAAAAAAAAAAAAAAAUCAGCAUGGGGACACAGCAGUCAUGACUCAAUGUCCACAGAAACUGAAGGAAGAAUUUACCUCAUUCUCCUCAUUUUUCUUCCUUGUUUGU